AAAGGGGACUAUAAUGUGUUUUCUUCUCUUAACAUCUGUGAACAUCUUACCUGCAGCUGUUACCAUGAUCUUUAGCAAUGCUAUGACGUAGUUAGCAAAAAAGCUUGUUUUGUAAAACUUUUUAAUAAAAGGUUACAUUUUUUAGUUAACCCUGAUGAUGCAUGCUUUUAAUUUUGUGAAACUUCUUUAAAUAUAUAUUUUUUUAAUUAAUCUUGUCAGUUGGGCAAAAGGUUAUUUGGUAGUAUUUUCUUAAAACCGUGAAAGAGUUCAUGUAAGUUUUUAGGUGGGUAAUUGAAGUGAUGAUUGUAAGAAGCAAAUGGUGUUUGGCACAGCUUUUUUAUGUAGAUAUUUAGAUGAGUUUUCCAUCGAUGAUACUUUCCUGAAUUAGCUUCUUAUAAACAUGGAGGUCGAAGAUGUGGUGGUCAUUAACAGCCCUGCCUGUGAGAGCCAUGGAAUAGUGGUGUGAAUCCCAUCUAGGGCGGGUUGCAGGCAGCAGAUGAGUGGGAUCCUUAGACAAGAGGCCAUGAAGUGCCCAACCCUUGGGAUGACAAAGGGCAGGAAGGUGGUGGCACUGACAAGGCACCAAUGAUGAACCUGGAUGUGUACAAGGACACACAGCUUGUGAGAAGAGCUAUGAAUGGCAAAAGGCCUCGAUUUGAUGCAUCCUUGGUGCUUUUGACACGAAGAUUUAUGGCUCUUCUCAAAAAAGCUCCAGACGGUGUCCUUGAUUUAAAUGAAGUAGCAACAACACUUGGAGUACGAAAACGAAGAGUGUAUGACAUCACCAAUGUGUUGGAUGGAAUCCACUUGAUCCAAAAAAGAUCUAAGAAUCUUAUCCAGUGGAUAGGUAACAAUCUUGACCAAGUUGUUGGAAAAGCACCACAACAGCAAAACCUUAGAGAUGAACUUUCUGACUUAUCAGCCAUGGAAGAAGCUCUGGAUGAAUUGAUCAAGAAUUGUGCUCAUCAGAUAUUUGAACUAAUAGAUGACAAAGAAAAUGCAAAACUAGCUUAUGUGACAUACCAAGAUAUCCGAAGCAUUCAGGCAUUUCAGGAACAGAUUGUGAUCGCAAUCAAAGCUCCAGAGGAAACCAAAUUGGAAAUACCAGUUCCUAAAGACGAUCACAUAGAAGUACAUGUGAAGAGCACAAAAGGACCCAUUAAUGUGUAUCUGUGUGAGGUGGAAAAAGAGAAGCCAGGAGCCAAAACUUGUGAAGAUAUGGAUACUGUCACUAGUGAAAAUGAAACUGAGAUAUCAUUUUAUCCUGAUGAAGAUCUCCGAUGGAAGAGAAAAAACCAUUUGAGAUGCCAGAUUAAUUACAACACAAAAAUCUAAUACAGGAUGUAAAUAUCGAUGUGAUAGGGCUUUUCCAAAGCUGCUUGGAUCUGCAAACUUGGUAACCAGAAAUGUUCCAAAGUGUUGUUAGACACCAGCAGUGGAUUGGUUCAGUGCUUUCACAGGAUUGCGUGUCUUCCCAGGUCAAAAGACAACAGUUUCUGGAGUUGCCAUUUGGCAGUUUUGUUUUCUUAAUCGCAUGUGACCUACAGAACUUAGGGGAAACAGUAUUUUUACCUUAUCAUUUCAAUGGACAGAAAACAUAGAUAAUCAAUUACUUCCAAAAAGGAAGGUUGGAGAACUGUGUCUGGAACGGUCCACAAUCUGUGUGAGAAUGUACAAAAUGAAGAAAUGCACUUUCCAGUUCUGAGGCUGCACUACAAAGCAGGAUUGUCAAACGCAAGUAUAACAAAGAACUGGUGUAUUGGAAGCCUUUGCUAUAAAGGACAAGGUGAAAUAUCCUGAGAGUUAUGCCUUAUGGGAUGUAGGUGCUGUUUGCAUCCAGCUCUACUUGAACUAUGGUAUCAACACUGAAGUGAAACAGUUGGGCUUUGUGUACAUACUUGUAUCAUUUCUAGGUAGUUACUGAUGUACAUUUAUUGAGAUGGUUUGCAUUUCUGCCUUUGUACAGCAAAGCAAUAAAAUAAGCUUACAAAAAUAUGAAA